AUGGCACCGGCCCAACAGAGCAGAGACGACUUUCGAGACACGAUGGUGAAGAUACCCAAGCUGAAGACGAAAUCUAAACGCAUGAUCCCUGCUGGAAAUUGCGCACUAGAGUUGUCCGGAUUGCUCCAAUGUUGGGCCACGACCAGCGACGUUCAUUCAAUGGGACAAUGUGCUGAAUCUGCUAAAAACUUGUCUACAUGUAUGAAGACUGCGAAGGCCGGCAAUGCGAAAAAGACCGAUUCAAUUAACUUUCAUCUGGCUCGUCUCGGCAAAAACUUCCGAUGA